GGCAGUUUGGAACCAGGUAGGAAAAUCUUAACCAGACUCCCACUUGAUGUGUAGCUAGCUGGUUGGGCGACAUUCCUCAAUCCAAGCUACCGGAUACAUUUGACAGAUUUGAUGACAUGUAACGUGAGCAGGAUACUCGACUUCCUCGCCUCAAGGACGGACUCAAACCAGCGCAACGAUGGCCGGCGAAACUGUGAGCGUGGUCUUCAAGCUGUACUGCCUGACGGUGAUGACACUGGUGGCGGCUACAUACACAGUGGCACUGCGGUACACAAGGACCAUUUCAACAGGAGACCUGUACUUCUCCACUACAGCAGUGUGCAUCACUGAGGUCAUUAAAUUAAUACUGAGUCUGGGGAUGCUGGCCAAAGAAACAGGAAGCCCCGUCAGGCUGAAGAAGGCAAUAGUGGAACAUAUAUUUUGCAGCCCAAAAGAACUGCUGAAGCUGAGCGUGCCCUCGCUAGUGUACGCAAUUCAGAAUAACAUGGCCUUUAUUGCUUUGAGCAACCUCGAUGCAGCAGUUUAUCAGGUGACCUAUCAGCUGAAGAUCCCGUGCACGGCCUUGUGUACGGUCCUCAUGCUGAAUCGCUCUCUCAGCCGGCUGCAGUGGUUCUCCGUCUUCAUGCUGUGCGGAGGCGUAACACUCGUGCAGUGGAAGCCUGCAGAGGCGACUAAAGUACAGGUUGAGCAAAAUCCUUUUGUUGGGUUCAUCGCCAUCGCUAUUGCUGUCCUUUGCUCUGGAUUUGCAGGUGUGUACUUUGAGAAGGUGUUGAAGAGCUCUGACACGUCUCUUUGGGUGAGAAACAUCCAGAUGUACCUGUCCGGCAUUUUGGUGACUCUGAUUGGUGUCUACGUGACCGAUGGUGAGAAGGUCCUGGAGAAAGGCUUCUUCUUUGGUUAUACACCCUGGGUGUGCUUUGUAGUACUCUUGGCCAGUGUGGGCGGUCUGUACACGUCAGUAGUGGUGAAGUACACGGACAACAUCAUGAAGGGCUUCUCUGCUGCUGCCGCCAUCGUUCUCUCAACUGUAGCAUCUGUUAUCUUGUUUGGACUACAGAUAACGAUCUCUUUUGCCUCUGGAGCCUUCCUGGUGUGCGUUUCCAUCUACCUGUAUGGACUUCCAAAGCAGGACACGUUAAAGCUGAACCGGCAAGACACAGACAAGGAGGCCAAACAGAGACUGAUUACUGUGUGAGCCGCUUACCUGCAGCAAAGGAGUCUCUCUUGCUGGUGGACCAGGUGUCGGGGAGGGGGGGGUUCACCUUUUCUCGGGGCCUAAAAGAGCUCCUGCACUUAGGGGAUGAGGGAUCCACUCCAGUUACUUUCCAAAUGAACACUCAGUGGAGUUGUCUCUGUGUUCAGUUCAUCACAUAGACAACUUUUGGUCCACUUUCAUGUAAAUUCAGGCAAUUUUUCAAUGGAUAUGAAGAGAAAAAAGACAUAUUGGACCUUAAACUGGCCUUUAUAACUGGCUGCUUUUAAAGUUUGUGAAAUAUCUGAAGCAGUCAGUGAAGUCUUGUCUUCAGCCAUGCUGGAGCGACAAGCAGGACUUUGUUACUCUUUUUCUGAUGCCUCCAUUUAUCUGUUUUAGGGGGAGUAUAAAUAUCACAACUUCUUAUCAUGUAGUUGUUGUUUUUUAUCAUUAGUCUGUUUUACACUGCAAAAUUAGUGUCUUUAGAGAAUACUUCACCUGCAGAAUGGUCAUUUCUAUAUCAGUUACACAAUGUGUUUCAUUGAAUUUGUGAAGAAAAUGCAUCCACCGUGAACUGAGAAUCCAAAAAAGGCGAACCUUUAUGAACUGAGGUCACUGGGGACCACAUUUAACAACAGCAAAACUAUAUGAAAACAUCUGUUAACAAACUCUAACACAACUCAUGCUGUAUGAUCCCAGUCUAAUUUACUUCCAGUCUUAUGCUCAGUACCUCCCAGUUUCCACUAAAAACUUUCACCAUGAGCAGCACACCCGAGUAUGCGCGUGUCGAGACAAGCUACUCGGCUGUGCAUGUGACUGCUUAUUUGGACAUGUUUUAAAUUGUAAUGCUUUCGUGAAAAUGCAGGUGUUCGGGAACAAGUCUUUUGAUAUAUUUUUGUUUUUGUUAAAAGAGGUCCCUGUUAACUUAAAUUUAUGAGGAAUGUUAGUAUUUUUUUUAAUUCUUCGUUCACUGCGGAGCCAUGUAGGGAAAUUAUAUAUUUUUUUUUUUUCAAAUGAAGGUAACACGCAGUGAAUAAGUGAUAUACAACCGGUCAUUUUGUUGGUGAAGUAUUCCUUAAAGUCCAUAACACAUAGUGGUGAUUCUGAAUGUGCCCAGAUCACGGGAAAACAUACUUGAAAGACGAUUGACGACUGACUGCAUGUGUGAGUAUGUUUAUAGCAUCAUCUCUCUGACGUUGUGUCUUUUGUAUCACAUCUGUGACACAUUCUGUUCUGAAAGUCCUUCUAAAGCUUUCAUUAAAACUGAAUGGAAAUACAGUGAAA